GCUGGAGCACAUUCUUCUUCGCCCGGACACAUAUGUGGGCUCCACUGAAGCCCAGGUGCAGGACCUCUGGGUUUUCGAUGGCGUGCAGAGCCGCAUGGUGCACCGGAAGAUCAGCUUCGUACCUGCUCUUUACAAGAUCUUCGAUGAGAUCUUGGUGAACGCCGCGGACAACCUGCAACGGGACCCGCAGGGUAUGGACAGCAUCAAGGUGGAGAUCCAUCAGCAGCAGGGGCUGCUCUCAGUGUGGAACAACGGCAGGGGUCUACCCGUAGUCCUGCACAAGGAGCAAAAAGUCUACGUCCCGGAGCUUGUGUUUGGCCACUUGCUGACCAGCGACAACUACGACGACACUUCUUGUAAGGUGGUGGGAGGUCGGAAUGGCUAUGGCGCCAAGCUUGCCAACGUUUUCUCCACCGAGUUCAAAGUGGAGACGUGCGACGGCAAAAACAGGUUUACCCAAGUCUUCACGAAGAACAUGCAGGUUAAGGGCAAACCGGAGAUCGUUGCGACAAAGGAGAAGUCCUUUACCUGCAUCACCUUCAAGCCAGACUUGGCAAAGUUCGGCAUGACACGUCUGGACGAUGACAUUGUGUCUUUGCUGACGAAGCGUGUGUAUGACGUGGCCGGAUCCACAACGGACCGCUGUAGCGUCUUCCUCAACGGUGAGAAGUUGGACGUCCGCAACUUCCGCGACUACUGCGACCUCUACCUGCUCACACGCCAGGGCGUGCCGCAAAUUUACGAGAAGUGCUCUGACAGGUGGGAGAUCUGCGUGAGCCUCACGGAGAGUGGCUUCAACCAGGUGAGCUUUGUGAACUCGAUUUGCACUAUUCGCGGCGGGACGCACGUGACCCACGUGUCCGAUCAGAUCGUCGAGGCAAUCUUGGAGAAAGUCAAGGCGCAGAGCAAGGAGAAGGUGAAGGGAGGGGUGGAUGUGAGACCACACCAUGUCAAGAACCACCUCUGGGUCUUCAUCAAGUGCUUGGUGGAGAACCCUGCUUUCGACUCGCAGACGAAGGAGACGCUCAUGACCAAGCAGUCCAAAUUCGGGUCCCGAUGCGAGCUGUCGGAGAAGUUCCUCUCAGAGGUGGCGACUUGUGGGGUUGUUGACCUCAUCCUCAUGGCUGCCAUGGCCAAAUCGAAAGUAGACCUGGGCAAAAAGCUCAAGGCAAACACCGGCCGUGUUGCUCGCCUUACGGGCGUUCCCAAGCUUGAGGACGCCAAUGACGCAGGUGGAAAGCUGUCCCAUGAGUGCACGCUGAUUCUGACAGAAGGAGAUUCCGCAAAGGCUCUGGCGGUUGCCGGGCUCAGCGUCAUUGGCCGUGACAAGUGGGGCGUCUUUCCACUCCGCGGCAAGGUGCGGGCGAGCGGAAUCAAGAAACGCAAAGGAAGUUCGUCUGUACAUGUCUCUCCGGACAGCCCCGCCCCAAAUUGA